GGUGGUUUUGGAGGGGUUUAAUUGGUCAAUGCGAGGAGAGGCGUAUCGAUCCGUAAAACGGUAAUGCCGUUUUGAACAGUAGGCUACCAGCCAUCAUGGACGUUUUAUGAGAGGUAAUUACAUUUAUACAACACCUUUCUAACAAGUGGCCACUCAAAGCGCUUUGCAAUUAUUGCCUAACAUUCACCAUUUCACGCACACAUGAACACACCAACGGCGGAGUCAACCACGUAGUGCGACAGCCAGCUCGUCGGGAGCAGUCAGGGUGAGGUGUCUUGCUCAGGGACACCUCGAUACUAAGGAGCCGGGGAUCUAACCAGCAACUUUCCGGUUUGCCAGCCAACCCGCUCUACCUCCUGAGCCACAUGUCGCCCCUAGAAGUAACCAUCAUGGAUGUUUAAUAAGAGCCAUGCCAUGGCCCUGAUCCCCGUCCGCCUCUACCUCCAGACCCCCGCGGUAACCCGGGUCUACGUGACCGCCUGCGUCCUGACCACAGCGGCCGUGCAACUUGGUCUGAUCACUCCUCUCCAGCUCGCCUUCAACCCUCAGCUGGUCUUCAGGGAGUGGCAGGUAUACAGGAACACAGAACAACCUGGUGGAUCAGCCUCCAUUUGGACUGAUCCUCCUCUCAGACCCCCUCUCUCUCUGUCUCUUAUCUUUCAGAUCUGGCGUCUGAUAACAAAUUUCUUGUUCUUCGGCUCUCUCAGCUUUGGCUUCUUGAUCAACAUCAUCUUUCUGUUCCGGUACUGCCGCCUGCUGGAAGAAGGCUGCUUCAGGCGCCGGACGGCUGACUUCGUCUUCCUCUUUCUGUUCGGCGGAGUCCUAAUGACUGUAAUGGGUGUGUUCACGGACCAGGUCUUUCUGGGCCAGUCCUUCCCCUCCAUGCUGGUCUACGUGUGGAGCCGGCGGAACCCGCUCCUGAAGAUCCACUUCCUGGGCUUCCUGUCCUUCCACGCCCGCUUCCUGCCCUGGGGGCUGGUUGCAUUUUCACUUAUGCUCGGCAACUCAAUCGUCGUUGAUGUUCUCGGGAUUAUGGUGGGUCAAACAUACUUCUAUCUGGAGGAUGUCCUACCAAACCAGCCAGGUGGAUGGAAGCUCCUCCGGACGCCACAUAUCCUACGGUGUGUGUUGGAUCACCAGGAGGGGGAGCCAUUAAUGCUGCGCUAGAGCUACGCUAGAAGUACGCAGCACUAAAGCUACAGUCCCUGGGCUCAUGGACAGAGUGGGUCCACCCUCAAGUCCGACCAGCCUCUUUCCUUCAGUCCCACACAUUAACAGAAUAGCCUUACUGAAUCAAGCUUCCUUGUGCUCCGAUGGGACGGAAAUAGACCGGCCAAAUAACUGGUAUCUUAUGGAAGUACUCCAAGAAGCAUUGGAGGAGAGCGUCCACCAAAUAGCUUAGGAUGAUAUGAAUAUUAUCCAUAUUUAUUUAUGUCUCAAAUAUGCAAAAACGGUGAAGCAUGAAGGUGAAACCUCUGCAAGUGACAUUUAAUAUCUAAAAACCUUUUAAACCAUUGUAAAACAUUAUAUAUCUUUAUAGCAGAAAUAAAGCAUUAUACAUUUAACAGUCAUCAGUGGCCAACUAGGACCAUGACUAAAUGUUUUAAAGGACGAGGUCUGAAAGGUUUCAGCCUAGCGCUGGAAUCUGUGCCAGGUCUGCACUUUCCCUGUUGCCUUUGUGGAGAUCACAGAAUAGAAAGUGCUGAGAGAGAUAACCCACCUGCGACCUCAUGGCUGCAAACCAUCUGACCGUGGACUCAAAGACCAUCACAAUCAUUAUCAUUCAAUCAACACAUUCAUGCACCAGAUAUUGCAUGAACCGUGACAUUUGUCAGUUUUCUGAAGUGACUACUGUAAGAUUAAAGAACCAUAUUUCAAACAACAAACCUGGGCUGGAUUCUUUGGUAUUUGACGAGAUACAAGAUGAAUCAUGUAUACAUAUGAUAUAGGAUGUAUAGAUAUAAACAGACAA